CGCGAGUCCGAGUCCGAGUCAGAGCUCCCUCUUUGUUGAGUUCGGAUGUCAGUCGCUUUGUCUUUGUUUAGUUAUGAAUUACAAAUGAUUUUUGGUCGUUUAUUAGUUAUAUUUAACUAAAAUGUUAGCGUCCAAGUCCGGACUACCGGACAGUUUCAAAAUGUUGAUAGUUAGUGCUGUGAUUUGUGUGAUACUAGUGCGAGAAUCGUCUUGUGUCGUAUCCCGUAAACAACAACAAAGGCUUCUUCAGCUAGCCCAAAAACAGAACUACAAUGUUCCCACUAGUAAUCCGAAUGUACCUAGCUAUCAGGAAUUGAAUUUGCCUUUCGAGCAAAUUAAAUACAGUGUCGCCGAUGUAUCAAAUGAUUACAACAGCACCACAAAACAUUACCCAAGAGGAAUGGGACAUCUCUACUUCAUCACGAAAACCUUCAUGAACAUCAUCUUUCCUGGGGAGCUAUAUCCUGAAGGUAUUAUAAGGACACGUCCCACCGAUGGAAGAUUGGAUGUCGCUGAUAUACAGGAGGAAUGGAGGGCUCUAGUCAGACAUUACGGUCUACUAGCACUAGUGGUUCUGGUGGGACUGGUGUUUGUCGUGGUGGUACCCGUGGUCGGGUUGUUCUUCUGUUGUUGCCGUUGCGCCGGUCGUUGUGGCGCCAGGAGUCAACCCUUUGAGAAGCGCUAUGAUCCUUGCAGACGACACACCAACGGCUUCUUCCUCAGCUGCAUCACCAUUAUGAUAGCGUUCGGAGUAGUUUGCGCUUUUGUGACCAACGAGUAUUUGGAAACUGGGACUCGCUCUUUGCCCAAUGAUCUCAAAACAUCACUCACCGACACUGAUCUCUAUCUCAACAACACAAAGAAGGAGGUUAAUAACUUGCUGGUCACCAACUACGGGGAAUUGGAGACAACUUUAAACACUAUUCUACACAAGAGCGGGGAGAUUAUGAAAGAGCAGUUAGGAGAAGUAUCUAAGGCUGAGGUGAUAUCCAACCUGACUACGAUUGUCAAAGGACUGAGUAUCAUCAGAAGUGACCUGUCCAACAUAGACAGUCUCUCUGUGCAGUUGAAGGACAAGGCUAUAGAGCUAGAGCAAGCUCUACGAGAGACUCGGGAGAAUCUGAUGGAGAAGCUGCGUCAAUGUCAGUCCCAGCCAGCUUGUAUAGAGUUUCUGAGAACUUACAACAUCACACAUCUCAACAUUGAGACUGACUUUGCUCAUCUACUUGAGAAAUAUAUACCAAAGCUGCCCAAUGUAACUGCCAGUCUACAGAAUGUCUCUGCGCUGCUGGAGAGUGACAUAGAGCAGGAGGUCACUAAGGGGCAGCAGGAGUUUGAGAAGGUCCGGGACCACAUACAGAGGAUAGUGGACGAAGGCAAACCACUCAUAUCUGAUGCCAUCAAGCGAGCUGGUAUUGUUUGCAAGGAAGGUGCAGACAAGAUCACUAACAUGUUGGAUAGAGCCAGAGACAUAAUGUUGACUCAAAGUAAGGAGCCAAUUCAUGUGGGAGAACAGUUCCUUCACGAGUAUGGACCUUACCAACACUACCUGGGACUGGGUGUCAGCUGUACGUUGUUGGUGGUGCUGUCUUGUCUGACGUUCGGACUGUUCUGCGGCUACUGCGGCAAGCGGCCUGACGGAGGCUACAACGAUGACUGUUGUGAUAAAGGCACUGGCGCGAGGUUUCUUAUGCUGGGUGUCUGGGUGAUGUUCCUGUCCUGGGCUGUGCUGAUGGUGGUGACAGUGUUCUACUUCAUGACUGGUGUGCUAGCUGACCGCGCCGUAUGCUACACCAUGCGCCAUCCAGAGAGUAGACUGUUCCAGCUGGUGGACCAGCAGGUGCCACUGAGACUGUACGGCUCACCACAGAGACCUGUGCCUCCACUCCGGCUCAGCAGCAUUGUUAGGAAGUGCCACGCAAAUGAGAGUCUGUACAAUGUGUUGGAGCUACGUCACCUGGUGGACAUCUCUAAAUACCCUCAACUGCCGCAGGAGUUUGGCAUCAACCACCGGAUUGAGGAACUGACCGGAAAAAUCAGGUUGGAAAACCACGUGGAUAUCUUGACUCCUAGCGCCAAACAACAACUCAUCCGAUUGGCCAACUCACCACUAAACCAGUUCAAUCUGACAAUCUACACUAAAGUUCUCAAUGAGAAGAUAACGUCGAUAGAUCUGAUGACAUUAGCCAACGCCAUUGCUGAGACAGCUAAGAAACUACCUCCGUCUCAGAUAAAGAUCAAAAACUCACUGAUGUUCCAAGCACAGUACCUUGAGCUCCACCAGCAGAAUCAGGUGUCUGCGAUGCACAAACUCGUGGUGGACCUGAAUGAGAAUGCUGCUAACCUGACAGAUCACCUUCGUUUCAACGAGCCAUCCCUCAAGUUGGCCGUAGAGAAGAUGCUGCGACAAGUGGAGGCCGCCCAGCACAUGCUCAAUGAGAAGGGACCUCAGAUCAUAUCCAAGAUUGCCGCAGACUUUGCCUCAGAGUUCACUGUCCACAUCACAGACUACAUGAACCGCGUGGUUGAUCAGGUGGAGACCAGUGUAGGCAAGUGUUGGCCGAUCUCACAGGUGUAUAAUGCCACCAUCACCACCACAUGCAGCAAGAUACUGGACCCCUACAACGGCUUCUGGGCUAGUGUAGGCUUCAUUCUGGUGCUGUUCAUUCCAUCAAUAAUUCUCUCUGUGAAGUUGGCUGCACUGUAUCAAAAGUCUGAUCCUUACCCGGGACCUCUAGUUGAGGCUGAGUACCUGUAUGAUGCUUACGCUGAUCGCGACAACAUUCCUUUGGCUAACGUGAAUGAGAAGAAGAAGAAAAAGCCACAGCAGCGUUAUGUCGCUGAGCCAUACGACAACAGCGGCGCCAGCGGGGCUGGCUCUGGCGCAGAGAGAAGCCGAAGUUCUGGCGCAACCAGCAGUGAGCCUCGUUUCACAGAUAUGGCGCCAAAGCACUGGGAUUUCCCCAACAUGGGGGGGCCGCCCCGCUACAACAGCAGCCCGUUGUCCACUGAGUAUGAGAGACCUCCGCCAUACUACUACCCAGGCCCUAGCCCAACGCCUCGUUCGUAGAUCUUCAUCUUUCCCUCCGAUAUCAGCUGUUUUUGUUUUACGAUUCGACUCACUUGUUUUUAACUAUGUGUUUUUAUAAUUUGAUUAAUUCGUAUCGCUGCAUUGGUGUUUUCGGUCGUCUAAUUUUCCCCAGUGCCAGAUAUCUGUGGUAUUAUUUUUAUUGUUGCUAUUUCGCCAAAAACCUUUGUCUGACGAGUAAAUUUUCUUUUAUUUCGCUAAAAUGAUGUAGAAUAAUUUGGUUGUUGGACAUUGGUUUGUGAAGUUUUUUGUUUGUUCCUUUUCGCUUUAUCAAUUUGUUUGUAAUAUUUUUGCAAUAUUAUUCUAAUUUGUAAAUACUCGAGUCUUACAGUUUACUUGCGAAUGUCUUUUUCAGUAAAAAUAGUUUACAAUGCUGUAGAUUAGGUUGCGGUAAGAAGAAGAAAUUUUUACCUUGUGGCAAAUGGGAAUCGGGAUUCUAUCAGUUGUAGCAACCAUACCAAUAAAGCUUCCUUGUUUGAAAUUCUUAAGAAUUGUUCUAAGCAUCAGAAACAGUAUAAGCGUUCUUCCUACCUAAACCUUAAUCGUCAAUUAUGAUAAUUCUCUAUGUAUUUAAUACGUUUCUACAUCAGCAUGUAGCUAUAGGGUAGUUUUCUCCGUUUGUUACUUUAAAUUGUAACUUUUGUCGAGCCGUAUGCAUUUGCCGAAAAAUUGUAAAUAUAAAGUCCUCAGACUGAAAUGAUAUUCUUUUGUAUUUAUCUUAGUUGUUGUAAUUUAGUGAUAUCAUAAUAUAAGCUGCGAAUACAAUAGCUGUAUUUGUGAAUCUGUAGAAAAUAUAGUUGUUUAUUUAUAUAAGAAUGAGUGAUUUAUGAGAACUAUUCUUUUAGUUAUUAAGUUGGCAACACAUCAACAAAACAGUAAGACUAAAAAUAAUUGUCCGUUGACAGUUCUGCCAACUCACUGUUUUCUUUCAAACAAUUUUUAAUGUUUGUUUUUUAAACCGAUUAAAACACAAGCGUUGACGCUUUUGUAUAUUCAGUUAUGCUUUUUGUGUUUAGGCAAAAGAUUAAAACUGUGUAAAGUAAUAGUCCAUGACUUUUGAAUGUAUUUUUAAUUAUGUUAAGUUGUUGCAAGAAUAAAUUAAAUUGAGUGUUUUAGGUAUUUUUUAUCUUUUCCUCAAUACAUUGCUUACACAAAUUUCAAACCUAAAUUAGUCAAGUAAGUAACAAUAAAAAUAAAUAAUAGAUGACAUUAUAGUGGGAGUAAAUGUAGCGUAAAUAAAUUCAAUGUUGUACAAAUAUUGCAAACAUAAUUAUUCUGCUUAGUACUGUAUUUUAUAAAUAUUUUAAUAUUAGGUGUUUCAAAUUGUCUUUCAAUAUAUGUCUAUAUCGCAUUUUAAAAUAAAUAGUUAUACCCAGUGCGCAUUUAAUGGUAUUAAGCAGAGAGAUGGUUCUUAAGUGUGCUUGGUAAAUAGGAUUCUAGACAAGAGAAAUGAAGAAAUCGAAUCUCAAGUGUUAUAAGUUAAAGUUUAAAUGUCUCUUUAUUUUACUUUACAAGCUUUAAGAAGCAUCUCUCUUAAGUUAAUAUGCAUAUUACAUAAACGAUAAGUUGGGAAUUGGGUUGUGUAUUUUCCCCAAUGCUCAUUAACAUUCAAAAUUGGUUUGAAAAACUGUUUGGAAUCAUACAAAUAUUUUCAAAAUCCACUUUAAAUUUAAAUUGAUUGUAUGUACAAUAAGUAGGUACUCUAAAUAAAAAAUUUAAAAAAUUUUUACUUAAUAAUUUUUGAUUGUUGUUUGUGCUUUUUAAACCUAGAUUUUUAAUGCAUUUUACAUUGCAGUAAUAACAUCAUAAAUUGCUUUGUAGAUUUUGAUGCAAAGAUAUUUAAGAAAAAAUUGAAAUUUUUUUUGCAGUUCUGUUCAGAGAUUCUUACUUAACUGUUUUCUUUCGUUUUCCAAUGGAUUCCUAAAAAUGAAUUGUACAAGGUAGAAUAAUGGAGUAAUUAUUUGAAAAAAAUGAUAAACACUAUUUAUUGGAUUCAUCCGGUAAAAGUUUUCAUACAAAGUUUGAUGUAAUAUGUAUAUUAUCUGAAAUACCCAAUAAACUAUAAAAUGUCCAAUAUUGUAGCAAAAAGACAUUGACUUUUCUGCAUGUGUAUUGAUUAGUAAUCAUGUUGUAGAUAUUAUCAUCAUGCCAUUCCAUAAAGAACAUCCCACCGCUUAGCAAACUUGUGCUUUUAAUACAUCAUUUCAGCUUCAUAAUUAACUUUGUUAGAGGUGUGAAAAAUAUUUUUGUUUUUUUUCAUUCUAACUCAGAAUUACUUUUACAAAAAAGGGUAAAGUCCCAAACUCUAAUUUUCUCCUAUAACCUAGCUGAACUUUGCGCCUUUUCAAAAACACUAAUUUUUUUAUGAAAACUCUACGAAGUGGCUAAAUGUUAAUUCAUAAAUAAUAAAAAGCGCCUAAAGUCACUAAGUUAAUUGACUAUUUAUUUAUUUAUCAAACAUUGUUAAGGAAAUUGCAACUAACUCUGAAACCAUGUUACCCCUUUAAUCAUGUCACUAAACUUUAAAUUAGCAAUCACUUUUUAUCUAAUUAAAACGCAAAAGAAAAAAUUCAGUCUCACACAUUUUAACAAUUUAACAAUAUAUAAGAUUUGUAUUCACAACCCUUAUCAUUGGUCAUUGUGUGCAGCACUUCCUUUUCACGUUAACCUCAUUCAAAGUACUGUAAAUAUUAUGGAUAAAUUUCAAAACAUAUACUUCGGUUGUAUGCAAUUUCAUUUUUUGUCGAUUUUAAAGUGUGCAUUAUUUACGCACAAAUUUUAUUUUGUAAGUAAAACUUGUCAAAAAUUACCUUGUGUUAAAAAACAUAGUUUUUGUUUUUAGAAUUUGUUACAGUGAAUUUUCUUUAGAAAAAUGUUGAUACUUGAUAAUUUUUAUGUUUAUGAAAAAAGUUAAUUUUUAUUUUUAGAUUGAAUCUUUCCAAGUCUUUAAGCACAUCUACUCACUGCACUUUCCUCCAAAUGUUGCAGUUUUCAAUUUUUAGUAGAAUAGUCGGCAUCCCUCCUAAUCCAAAGAUUCUAUUUUUGAAUUGUGUUCCCCGAACACUCUGAAUGUAUAUUUUGAAACAGAUGUAAAGUGGUUUGCUAUUUUUCAUAGAAUGUACACUAACAAGGACAAAGUGACAAAGUAAAUUGUAUUUUAUGUCUGUA